AUGACUGUUGUUAUGAAUUUCAUUUCAGAAGCACUGGGAUCACAGAGUCAGCAUACUAGAACAAAGAAAGAUCAGCAAAAUUCAGAAACCAAAUUUCGAGUCUAUACAGAUACAACUGAAGAAGGCUGUCAGAUUUUUUUAAAUCAGUUGGAGACUCUUGACAAAUGCAGCUUCAAUGCCUCUCUUCCUCUGGUGAUGAUAGUCCAUGGCUGGUCGGUGGAUGGGAUAUUAGAAAGCUGGAUUUGGAAAAUGGCAGCAGCUCUGAAGUCUCAGCAUAAACAAUUGAAUGUGAUCAUUGCAGACUGGCUUACAUUUGCUCACCAGCACUACCCCAUUGCUGUGCAGAAUACACGCUACAUAGGACAGGAGAUAGCAGACUUCUUGGAAUGGCUGGAGGAAUCCAUUCAAUUUUCCAGAAGCAAUGUUCAUCUAAUUGGAUACAGCCUAGGAGCUCAUGUUUCAGGAUUUGCUGGGAGUUAUAUUAGUGGUACAAACAAGAUUGGAAGAAUUACAGGCCUUGACCCUGCUGGUCCCUUGUUUGAAGGAAUGUCACCAACAGAUCGUUUAUCUCCAGAUGAUGCAAACUUUGUAGAUGCAAUUCAUACGUUCACUAAGCAGCACAUGGGUCUCAGUGUUGGCAUCAAGCAGCCCGUGGCCCAUUUUGACUUUUAUCCCAACGGAGGCACCUUUCAGCCCGGCUGUCACAUCUUGCACGUGUACAACCACAUCGCGCAAUACGGAAUUGCUGGUAUCACUCAAACUGUGAAGUGUGCCCAUGAGAGGUCAGUUCAUUUGUUCAUUGACUCUCUGCUUCACAACGACAAGCAAAGCAGAGCAUACUGGUGCAACGAUAUCAACACUUUCAACAAAGGCAUGUGCCUCAGCUGUAGAAAGAAUCGGUGCAACACACUGGGCUACAACAUCAGGGAGGAAAGGCUCCCAAAAAGUAGACAACUCUUCUUGAAAACGAGAGCACAAAUGCCUUUCAAAGUUUACCAUUAUCAGUUCAAGAUCCACUUCAUCAAUGAAAUCCAAGGCAAGAAGAUAGAUCCAACUUUCACCAUGUCUCUGGCAGGCACUAAGGAGGAUGCUAAAAAUCUGCCCAUCACCCUAGUUGAAGGUAUUAGUAAUGGGAAUAAAACCUACUCUUUUCUCAUCACCCUUGACACUGAUAUUGGUGAGCUGAUAAUGAUCAAGUUCAAAUGGGAAGGAACCGCAGUUUGGGAAAAUCUCUGGGACAGAGUUCAAAACAUAAUACCAUGGACAAAAGGUACCCGUCGACCAGGACUCAUAGUGAAGACAAUAAAAGUGAAAGCAGGGGAAACACAGCAAAAAAUGACAUUUUGCCCUAAAAGCAUUGACAACGUUCACCUUCAUCCAUCCCAAGAGAAAACAUUUGUGAGGUGUGAAGAUCGCUUUCAGAGACCAAACAGAAAAUAA